AUGGUUGAAUCCGACACCCGUGUUGCCAGAUAUGGCGAUGAUACGGAGCUCUUUUUGGAGACUCUACCUCCACCUGUUCCUAGAUACAUCUACAGAGAAAGCCAACAGUUUCAUAAGAUUUUAGAUUAUGAAACUGCACGUUUUAGGAACUUGAACCACGCACUGGCGGCUCCUUCCCACGAAGUUUGUUUUCAGAGCCUUGCUUACCGUGAUAACCUCCUACCCGGAACCGACGACAACAAAAACUAUCUCAUUUUUCACAUUGAGCCCUCCGCGUUUCAAGAAGAAAUUGAAGUUAAUCGCAAAAAUCAUGGACCUCUGGGUUUCUUCUACGAGUACAAUCGAUUUGCGAAAAUUCUCAUAAUCAAAAUGACCACAAGGGAACACCGCUGCGCCGCCCGCGCAAUGAAUACUCUCAUCGAAGAGGCCCUCAAGGACAUGGAGCUUGGCCGCGAUUUCGAGUCUUUUGCUGGUGUGGAGGUCAACGCGGGUGCAAAUUGCAAAGUUCCAGAUGAAGGUUGGGCGCCCAUGAUAAGCCCACGUGAAGGAUCUAGUAGGCCCGCGGUGGUUUUGGAAGUGGGGGUGUCUGAAUCCGAGACGAAGCUUCGCGCCGACGCGAAGAUGUGGGUAGACCCAUCAGGGGGUCAAGCCAAUAUCGCGAUCACUAUCAAGAUCAAGCGAGAUCGACCACUCUUGAAAAUCGAUAAGUGGGAAUGGGAUGCGGAUAUAGGAAGACCACGGGUCAACCAUAUUGAAAUCACAGGAGCUCACAGGACAGCUUCGGUUUCGGGAGAACCUCUAUUGAUUCCUUUUCAUCAAAUUUGGCGGAGGGCAGCUCAAUACCCCUGGGAGAGGGACAUCGUUCUCAAUGUGGAAGAUUUGGCUUUUCUGGCGACCCAUAUUUGGGGUGCGAUGGGGAUCGAUUAUUGA